AUGGAAACGGGUCGGAACUACCCCCCGGAAUAUGCAAUUCCCGCUAACCCUUCUGCACCUUUCAGUUUCCGCAAGUUGCUACGAGAUCAGCUUCGGUACUAUGGGUACAAUGUUGACAUGCUUGGGACCAAGAACGGCGGCACAAUGAAAGACAACGACGUGGAAGCGACCUCUGGCUAUGUUGUCUCACAGAUCCACGCCGCCUCGAAGCUUUCUUACAAGUACAAACCGAAUCUUGUAUUCAUCAACGCUGGCACGAACGACCUCGUACACAACAUUGAUACGGGCAACCAACAUGAGAGACUCAAGUCGAUGUUGCUCGAUCUUUGGUCAAACAUCUCGGACAAGACUGUCAUCAUUCUCUCCACCAUCCUCCCAGUCGACAAACCCGAAGCCGAAAGCCUGCGCGGACCUGUCAAUACCAAGUAUCGGGCUGUGGUCUCGGAGCUACGCAAGCAAGGAAAGCCCAUCUUCCUCGCGGAUCUAGACGGUUUCAUGACGCUGGAUGAUCUGGGUGAUGGCACACAUCCAACUGAUUAUGGCUUCAGCAAGAUGGCCGGGGCAUUCUGGUCAGCGUUUCAACAAGCUGAGGAUGAGAUCAAUGAUCCUCUACCAGCCGAUCUAGCAGGCGACUCUGGAAAGACUUGUCGCAAAAGUCCUGGUGAUGGCGUCAAUGCUGGUUCUCAGACACAGAGAGGCAGUGGCUAUGACGACGGCACCUACGAACAUGACAGUCAAGAGAUGGGUACCCUCAUGACCAUCACGAGUGACUGGGACAGGGGCCAGUGGUUCUUUGCUCGCUUAUUCCGCUCAGACCGAGAUGAUCUUCUGGGCUGGGUUGAGAACUCGGCGGGUAAUGUGGUCUACGCUAUCCGACGGAAUGAUGGCGCAGGCAAGUUCACCAAGAUCAGCACCGAUCUGGAUGUCCACGAUAACUGCAAGAUCAAAGGAGUUGUAUUCAUUGACCUUAACGGCGACGGUCUCGACGACUUUGCUUGCAUCGGGUCUGAUGGCGCCGUCUAUGCCAGCAUCAACCAAGGCAAUGGAGGAGGCGACAAACCCCCUACCUUUGUCUACAAGGGCCUGUGGAGAGCUGCCGACUCCAGAUAUCCCCAGAACAAAGUGCGACUUGCUGAUAUCGAUGGUGAUGGCCGCGCUGACUUUUGUGGUCUUGCUGACAACGGCGAUGUCUACGUCUGGCGUAACGGAUGGAUCGACGACAUGCCCAAAUACUGGCAAGCUCUCGGAAAGAGAUUUGAGGGAAAGGGCAUGGGCAAUUUGGACGGUACCCGCUUCGAAGACAUUAAUGGCGACGGCCGUGAUGAUUGGGCUUGGGUAGGCGACCAAGGGGAAACGUUUCUCUGGACCAAUCACCGCAGCUGUGGUGUUGGCAAGGAAGGGGAUGGCCUGAAGGUAGCCUGGCGCCCGGGCUACUACAAAGGCAAGACAUCGGGCCCGACACAUACAGGAGGGUUUGCAAAGGGGAUCAGGAACAGGAUCCAUUUUGCCAGAAUCUACGGCGAGCCCCAAGAUUUUGGUCUCCUUGGCAAGCAGGACUACGUUUAUAUGGAGCACUCCAAGGGAAGCGAUGGCAAGCACACGUUCAAGAUGCGCGUCUGGAAGAACAAGGGCUACGGAGGCACCAAGCUCAAGGGCGACGGCAACAAAUACUGCGACAUGACAGGAAACGGUCGUGAUGACUAUGUCUGGGUCUUGUCAAAGGGAGAGAUGAACUUUUAUCCCAACGCUGGCAAGGACUUCAUCACGGACAAGGACAGCUACUGGGGCCCCAUGCAAAAGGCCUUCUUCAAGCCACCGCGUGACCUGGACCGACGAGAUAUUUAUCUUACAGAUUGGGAUGGCGACGGCAAGUGCGACAUUGUCUGGGUCGAUCCCGAUAACAAGAAUCAUGUCUCUGUCUGGAAGAACAACUACACUCCUGGCGGUGGCUUCAGCUGGCAGUACCUUUCUAACCCAGCACCGGAGCUCUAUUGUCCUGAGAAGCGAGGCAUCGGCUUUGGAGACUUAGCUGUUCAGUUCGCCGAUGUCACCGGCAACGGGCUAAGUGACUAUCUCUGUCUUGAGAAGAACGGCAGGAUCUGGGGAUGGACGCAGGAUUCUCAAGGUUCCUGGACAUACAUCGACCAGUUCUUCGGUACCAAGGGACAUGAUCGCGCCAACAUGCGUUUUGCUGAUGUUGACGGUGAUGGGCGAGAUGAUGCCAUCUGGGUUGAGAAGUUCUCGGGAGAUUCUUUUGUCUACUACAACAAGGGCCGCAAGGACAUCGCUGGGUCGCGAUACCAUUGGGAGAUUCAGGAGCGUGGAGGUCCCUUCCCAGCCUAUGGUGGUAGCUACGCCGGUUCGUGUCAGUACUUCCCAGACCUCAACGGCGAUGGAAGAGCCGAUCUUCACAGCAUCCAGGCAACCUUUCCUAACACGGCCGUUACCGCAUACAACAUCUGUGACGGCAACCGAUCCGGCGACGAUAGCUCGGAGAUCAAGAAGCCCGACCUCAUCACCCCAAAUAACCCCGGAGGCGGCGGAUCUGAGGAAUCCAACUCACCUCCCAUUCCCGCAGAGAACUGCAAGGUCGUGCCGGACUUUAUGUACACGCCUCUCAAGCGCGUGGGGAGGAGCGCGAGCGGUGAAGACUACUGCUUCGCCAAGUGGAACAAGGGCGUCUUCAUCAAAGAGAUCGAAGCAGUCGCGAGCUCCGGCUCUCUCCGCUACAUCCGCGUAGCCUACACGGACGGUACCAUCGAGGAAGCAGGCGUGAAGGUCCCAGAUGACUCCCACCACCGCUUCGGUACUGUGAAGUGGGAUCCCUGGAGUGAUUACUUCAACGUGUUUGAGAUGCAUGACGGUGGUUUCAAAGGCGGCAUUGGGCGGAUAGUCCUCGAGAUGUCCAACAAGUGCGGCGGUGAUGGCAACUGUAAACUCGACGCUGGAAACUACAUGGACUUCCCCCCUGUCAUGCAGAGAAUCCCUCGCGGUGAUUCAGAUCAGGGAAUGCUCCUGGGUAUUCGACUCAACGCAGGCGAUGUCAUCGAAAAUAUGAUCCCCAUGUUCUCUAAAGCCAGGCCUCUGAAGGUGACUCUCGGCGAGCCCAACUUCACACCAACAUUCGAGGAACUCAACUCGAAGCCCUUUGAGGAGCGCCAGAUGGAGAUCGUCAGGACCUCACAUGUUGUAUAUAACCGCCGGGCAGACAAGCCCGUCGAGAUGGGAAUCGACCUCUAUCUCCAAGUCGAGAAGGGCACCAAAGUCAACUGGAAUACCCAGAUGGGAUGGGAGUCAGGCGGCGAGAUCGGCGGUACCAUCGGAGGCGGUAUGGAGUGGGACAUUGGUCUUCCGGAGAUGAUCUGGGCCAAGGUCAACGGCAAGCUCGACGUCUCGGGUAAGUGGGUAGGGAAGAAGGUCGACAUGAACUUCAACGGCGGAGAGGACUCUGAGAUAGUCCGGACUAUGAGCAGGGUGACCAUCAACACUGUAGUCGAUCCCGGCAAGGCAGCUUUAUGCCAAGUAGUUGCCAUCCAAAGCAAGGCCAACAUCCGAUACCACGCCAUGCUGACACAGCAUUUCGCGAAUGGUGAUGCCUACUCAUAUCCUGUCCAAGGUGUGUUCAGGGACAGUCGUGUCACCGAGGCUAUUUCAGAAUGUAUGGAUGUCAAUGAGGACAACAAGGAUGAGGCUGCGGCUGCUGUUGUUAUUGAGCAGAGCGGUACGUACUGCAAUGACGGCACAAGAGUUGGCGAUACGGGCAUGUCGGACGAGGAGUUGCGCGAAGCAUGUAAUCUGUAA